GGUCAACAUAAAGUAAUAAAAAAUGUAACUUUUAGAUACCACAUCGAUGGCUUGGCCUGUAAAAAUCCUCCCGCUUUGCUCUGCAGCAUCUUAAAACCUGCGGAUUGGAAGGUUCUGCUCACAGUGACGUCUCUCAGCGGUGGCUAGUUAUAGUUACCAGUCUCGGGUUCGACGCUCAUGCACUAUUCAUCGGCGUAUCGCUUCACUCCUGCCAGACCUCAGACGUGAACAAACGCAUUUCCUUUCUGUGCACAACUUAACUUUGUGUCUUUUCUUCUGGGGUCUCUCUGAAGGCCUAAAAUGCUCGUGUAGCAUCUCUUCGAUUUUAAUUGACACAGAAACUUCUUAGUUCUGGGCUGUUUUUUGUUGUUGUUUUUCUGUUUUUACCUCUGAAGGAGAUCUCUGGGAGAUACGUGGAGGAGAGAGCUCAGCAUUAUUUGUCGUAUAUGAGCGCUCAGAGGAUACCUUUGAACCAUGAAGCGCAGUAAGCACCGUGGACAAAAGGAGGACAACGGCGGAGAUGAGCCAGCCAUUUUGGAGACGGAGAACAUGUUAAUGGGAGGUCCAGAUCCCGACACCAUCUCUUUGGCCUCCGUCACAGCCGUCACCACCAAUGUUUCAAAUAAAAGAUCAAAGCCAGACAUCAAGAUGGAGCCCAGCUCUGGACGACCCAUGGAUUACCAGGUCAGUGUGACGGUGAUUGAAGCCAGGCAACUGGUUGGCCUGAACAUGGAUCCCAUGGUCUGUGUGGAGAUCGGAGAUGAGAAAAAGUACACCUCUAUGAAGGAGUCGACCAACUGCCCUUACUACAACGAAUACUUUGUGUUUGACUUCCACAUCCCGCCAGAUGUCAUGUUCGACAAAAUCCUGAAAGUGUCCGUGAUCCACUCCAAAAAUCUUCUGCGAAGUGGAACGCUGGUUGGAUCUUUUAAAAUGGAUGUUGGCACAGUCUACUUCCAGCCAGAGCAUCAGUUUUACCACAAAUGGGCCUUGUUGUCUGACCCGGAUGACAUCACAGCAGGCUGCAAAGGCUACGUUAAAUGUGACAUCACAGUUGUGGCUAAAGGAGACACCAUUAAAACUCCACACAAGGCCAAUGAGUCUGAAGACGAUGACAUAGAGGGGAAUCUGCUGCUACCUGAGGGCGUUCCUGCAGAGCGACAGUGGGCUCGUUACUACCUGAAGAUCUACAAAGCAGAGGGACUCCCCAGAAUGAACACCAGCAUCAUGGCCAACGUCAAGAAGGCGUUUAUAGGAGAAAAUAAAGACCUGGUUGAUCCCUACGUCCAAGUGCUCUUUGCAGGGCAGAAGGGCAAAACAUCGGUGCAGAAGAGCUGCUAUGAGCCCAUCUGGAACGAGCAGAUUGUUUUCACGGAGAUGUUUCCUCCCCUCUGCAAGCGCAUGAAGAUCCAGAUCCGGGACUCGGAUAAAGUGAACGAUGUGGCCAUGGGAACACACUUCUUAGAUCUGAAGAAGAUUUCCAAUGAUGGGGACAAAGGCUUCCUUCCCACACUGGGGCCCGCCUGGGUGAACAUGUAUGGCUCCACCCGCACCUACACCCUGAUGGACGAGUACCAGGAGCUAAACGAAGGGCUCGGCGAAGGCGUGUCCUUCAGGGCCCGUCUGCUCAUCAGCCUGGGCGUGGAGAUCCUGGACCCGUCCUCGCCUGACAUCACCAGCUCCACCGAGGUCCAGGUGGAGGGAGUGCCCAACAUCUCCGAGACUGCUACUGGGAAGGUCGAGGAUUUCUUCCUGUUUGGGUCUUUCCUGGAAGCCACAAUGAUAGACAGAAAGAUCGGCGACAAGCCAAUCAGCUUUGAGGUCACAAUAGGUUACUAUGGAAACGAGAACGAUGGCGUCAUCCAACCCAAAACGAAGGGGAAGAAGGGCGACGGUGCUGAAGAGGAAACCGAGCUGAUACACAACUCCAGCGAGGAGGAGAUGGACGACGACGGAGACCUGACUUCAGUGUCCACCACUCCACCCAUGAAACCUGUCAUCACUGACCGAAACUAUUUCCAUCUGCCCUAUUUUGAGAGGAAGCCAUGCAUUUACAUCAAAAGUUGGUGGCAGGACCAGAGGAGACGGCUGUACAACUCCAACAUCAUCGACAACAUUGCGAACAAACUGGAGGAUGGACUGAACGACGUGCAGGAGAUCAUCAAAACAGAGAAGACCUAUCCUGAACGAAGGCUGAGAGGCGUUCUCGAGGAACUCAGCCAAGGAUGCAGUCAAUUUAUUGCUCUGGCAAACAAGGAUCACAAUCAGUCUGGCAGAACCAAACUGGACAGGGAGAGACUGAAGCUUUGCUUGUCAGAAGUGGAGGCCAUUGGUCAACAAGCAAAGACUAUGAGGACUCAAGUGAAGAAGAGCACAGUCAGGGAUAGGCUCAAGCUGGCUCAGAACUUCCACACAAAGCUUCGCUUCCUAGCCGACGAGCCCCAGCACAGUGUACCUGAUGUUUUCAUCUGGAUGAUAAGCAACGGAAAGCGCAUCGCUUACGCCCGGGUUCCUUCCAAAGACAUCCUGUACUCCGGUAUAGAUGAGGAGAGGGGAAAAGAUUGCGGCAAGGUCAAAACAAUUUUCCUGAGGAUCCCUGGUAAAAAAGGUUUCGGACCUGCUGGCUGGACAGUUCAGUCCAAGUUAGAGAUUUACCUGUGGCUGGGCCUGAACAGGCAGCGCAAAGACUACCUGAGCGGCCUGCCCAACGGGUUUGAGGAAAACAAGUUGUCCGGCAUGCCUUCCUCACCACCCAUCAGCCUUACCUACAUGAUGAAGCAAAUCUUCCAGCUGAGGGUCCAUAUGUACCAGGCUCGCAGCCUGUUUGCUGCUGACAGCACAGGUCUGUCUGAUCCCUUCGCAAGAGUUUUCUUCUCAACCCAAAGCCAAGUCACAGAGGUGCUGGCUGAGACCCUCUGCCCCACAUGGGACCAGCUGCUGGUGUUUGAGAACGUAGAGUUGUUUGGAGAGGCCUAUGAACUGAGGGAUGAUCCACCCAUUAUUGUCAUUGAGCUCUACGAUCAGGACACAGUGGGUAAAGCUGACUUCAUGGGCAGGACGUUUGCUAAGCCUUUGGUCAAGAUGGCGGAUGAGCACUAUGGGCCGCCGCGUUUCCCACCCCAGCUGGAGUAUUAUCAGAUCUACCGCGGGAACGGUGCCGCUGGAGAAAUGCUGGCAGCCUUUGAGCUUCUCCAGAUUGGCCCCAAUGGAAAAGCGGACCUUCCUCCCAUAGACGGGCCUACAGAUAUGGACCGCGGCCCAAUCCUGCCGGUGCCUCUGGGGAUUAGGCCAGUGCUCAGCAAGUACAGGAUUGAGGUUUUGUUCUGGGGCUUGAGGGACUUGAAGAGGGUGAACCUGGCCCAGGUGGAUCGGCCUCGUGUGGACAUUGAGUGUGCAGGGAAGGGCGUUCAGUCGGCCCUCAUCCCCAACUACAAAAAGAACCCCAACUUCAGCACUCUUGUCAAGUGGUUCGAAGUGGAUUUGCCAGAGAACGAGCUGCUUCACCCUCCGCUGAACAUCCGCGUGGUGGACUGCAGAGCUUUUGGUCGCUACACUUUGGUCGGCUCCAACGCCGUCAGCAGCCUGCGCAAGUUCAUCUACAGGGGAUCAGACAAGCAGGCCAACAACUGGUCCACUACGGAGGAAAUUAUUGUGGUAAGCAUGGAAACCGAGCCUGCCUUCAAGAAGAUGGACACCGUGGUCAAACUGGACUCUUGCUCUGAAGCUGUGAUCAAAGUUGAGGACGACGACAAAGACGAGAAAGGUAAAAAGAAGAAGAGGAAGAAGGGGGACGAACCUGAAGAGGAGGAACUUGAUGAGAGCAUGUUGGACUGGUGGUCCAAAUAUUUUGCCUCGAUUGAAACUUUAACUGAGGCUCUCAGGGCUCAGGAGGCAGCUCUCUCAGAUUCAGAAGAAAAGGAAGACAUGGACAUCGCUCAUGGUGGAGCUGACGACGCUCCAGCGAAAGCCCCCAAGAGAGGAAAAGGAAAGAAGGACAAGAAAAGGGCAGCUGUGGAUCCGUUUGAAAAGAAAAAGCCAAAGUUGGAUGAGCUGAAGGUGUAUCCAAAGGAACUGGAAAGUGAAUUUGACAACUUUGAGGACUGGCUCCACACCUUUUACCUGUUCAGAGGGAAGGGCGGUGACGACGACGACCAAAAUGUGACGGAUGAGGACAGGAUCGUCGGAAAGUUCAAAGGUUCGCUGUGCAUGUACAAAGUGUCGGAUGAUUUGCCCAGAGACAUGAGCUUCGACUCCAACUUAGGAAUGUUUCAGAACAUCCCUAACAAUGACCCCGUUAACGUCCUGGUCCGCAUUUAUGUCGUCAGGGCGACAGAUCUGCAUCCGGCGGACAUAAAUGGGAAAGCUGACCCCUACAUCGCAAUCAAGCUGGGGAAAACAGAGAUCAAAGACAAGGAGAACUACAUUUCCAAGCAGCUGAACCCUUUGUUUGGCAAAUCCUUUGACGUGGAGGCCACGUUCCCCAUGGAUUCCACUCUGACGGUGUCAAUUUAUGACUGGGACCUGGUGGGAACCGAUGACCUGAUUGGAGAAACAAAGGUCGACCUGGAGAACCGCUUCUACAGCAAACACAGAGCCACAUGUGGGAUUUCAUGCAACUACGCCAUCCAUGGUUACAACGUGUGGCGAGACCCCAUGAAGCCCACACAUGUCCUGGCUAAGCUGUGUAAGGACGGCAAACUGGACGGCCCACACUACGGCCCCGGAGGAAGGGUGAAGGUGGAGAACCGGGUCUUCAUGGCACCGACUGAGAUCGAGGAUGAAAACGGCUUAAAGAAGCAGACGGACGAGCACCUUGCUCUGACUGUGCUGAGGCAUUGGGACGGGAUUCCCAAAGCCGGCUGCAAACUGGUCCCAGAGCACGUAGAAACCAGACCGCUGCUCCAUCCGGACAAACCGGGAAUCGAACAAGGAAGAAUCGAGAUGUGGGUGGACCUGUUCCCCAAGGACAAGACCGCGCCCGGUCCCGCUCUUGACAUCUCACCACGGAAACCGAAGAAGUUUGAACUGAGGGUCAUCAUCUGGAACACAGAUGAGGUGGUUUUAGAGGACGACGACAUCUUCACGGGCGAGAAAUCUAGUGACAUCUUUGUGCGAGGAUGGCUGAAGGGACAGCAGGAGGACAAGCAGGACACUGACGUCCACUACCACUCCAUCACCGGGGAGGGGAACUUCAACUGGCGCUUCAUCUACCCUUUCGACUACCUGGUGGCCGAGGAGAAGAUAGUCAUCUCCAAGAAGGAGUCCAUGUUUGCCUGGGAUGAGACCGAGUACAAGAUCCCGCCUCGACUUAACCUCCAAGUGUGGGACGCCGAUCACUUCUCUGCCGAUGAUUUUCUGGGUGCGAUCGAGCUGGAUCUGAACCGCUUCCCGCGUGGCGCCAAGACGGCCAAGCAGUGCACCAUCGAGAUGGUGACAAACGAAGCGGAGAUGCCGCUGGUCUCCAUCUUCAAGCAGAAGAGGAUCAAAGGCUGGUGGCCGUUUGUCGCCAGGAACGAAGAAGACGACGAGUUUGAACUCACGGGUAAGGUGGAAGCUGAGCUGCAUCUUCUCACGGGGGAGGAAGCUGAGAAAAGCCCAGCUGGAGACGGGCGCAACGAGCCAGAUCCUCUGGAGAAACCCAACCGCCCAGAUGUUGCCCUCCUCUGGUUCCUCAUCCCGCUCAAAGCAGCGAAGCACCUGGUGUGCGACCAGUACAGGUGGCUGACCAUCAAGAUCGUCACGGCGCUCCUGCUGCUGGCCAUCCUGGGCCUUUUCCUCUACAACAUGCCCGGAUACAUGGUGAAGAAAAUGCUGGGCGCUUGAGAGCAAAACCGGAUCACUUUUUUUUUUUUUUUCCACCCCAAAUGGUGGGCUAUAACGCAAUAGCUUCUGCUGGGUUUUUUUGUUAUUUUUUUUCUCAAUCUUUUUUCCAAAACAAAAUAAUUGAUGUUCUACCAACAGCAACAUAACAACGAAAAUAAUCUAAUGUUGGCUUAAGUGUAUGAGUUGGUUGUUAUUAUUGUGUAAAAAUCUCAUUUUGCUACUGUUGUUCUGAUAUGUAGGCAAGUUUUUGUUUGUUUGUUUUGCUUCUUGGAAAUGUUUAUUUGUUCGCGUUUGAUUAUAACAGAUCAGAUUGCGAUUUAAUUUAGAAUUAAGUGAGGCUAUUGCACAUGGUUUGCUUGUGGUUCAGAUUUUCUGAAUUUUACGCUUCUGCUUUUCUGUAUGACGUAUUGAAUUUGUGAAUAAAAUUCCCUCUGGGCACCUCG